AUGAAUUUCUUAUUUUUCUUUAUUAGUAAUGUAAAUGGAAAGAAGCUUUCAGUGAAUGAUACAAUCCCUGUAGUUGGUAGUAAAACAUUUCCAUUACUAAAUCCACUAGAAUCAUACAAUUUCGAUUAUAUUCCAUUUUGUUUAGCCCCAGAGACACACUCAUCGAACAAAAUUAAAGCAAUUAUGGAAUUAAAUAGAAAACAUACACCAAUAUCUAUUAAAUAUUUAAAUACAGUGAAAAAUGAGCCACUUUGCAGUAUAACAGUUACAAAAGAAAUAUAUGACAGAUUUACAGAACUCAUUAAUCGCCAAUUCACAUACAAAUUAUACGUUGGCAAACUUCCUGUUUGGGCUCUUAUUGGACAUAAAAACUCUCGCAACUCAACUAUGGUCUAUACAAAUUUCGUUUUUCAAUUAUCAUACAGAGACAAGCAUGCAGUUGAAAUUUCUUUGUCAACAACUACAUCUGUUGAAAUUCAAGUCGGAUCAACGCUUCAAUUUUCAUACAGCGUUGACUGGUACUCCACCAAUAAGAAAUAUCGUCAAAGAUUUGAAAAAUACUGCGAUUACGACUUCUUUUUAUCUCCAGUCAGAUAUUACGGUCUUGGAAACACUUUUCUGCUUGCUACACUAUCAGCAAUAUCUGUUUGUUACGUACUUACUAUGUUUGUCAGCAAUGACUUUAGGAGAAUCGAAAGAGAAGCCGAUAUUUUGGAUUAUGAAACAGAAUUUACCGGAGAAAAAGGUUGGAAAGUCGUUCACAACGAUGUAUUCAGACCUCCUUCAAUGAGAUUUGUUUUAUCAAGCCUUGUUGGCGCAGGAGCCCAAGUUGGAACAAUGGUUGUUUGUUUUGUCGCCGCAAAUUUGUUUUUGCGAUUGCAUUACAAGAGAAACUCAACGAUGAAUGUUGCUUUUGCUGUUUACGCCAUCUCUGCUUUAUCUUGUGGCUACUUUUCAGGUGCGAUGUACAAAAAAUGGCAAGGAAAGCGUUGGAUCAUGCAAUUGAUAUCAGCAUCUGCUGUUAUACCUUGUUUCUACUUGAUAUAUAAGCUGACUGUCUUUAUUUUCGCUAUUUCAAGCGGAAUUGGACAAUCAAUUCAUACAACUCCACUUUUUGUUGGAUUUAUUUUAUGGAUAUUGUUCGCUAUUCCUUUAACUAUUUUUGGUGGUAUAUUUGGCCGCCAUUAUUUCGUUUUAGGAGAAUUUAAUGCAAGAUUAGGAAUAAUUAAACGGCAGAUCCCUCCAACACCCUUCUAUUUGCAGACUCCAUGCCUUGCUUUGGCAAUAGGAUCAAUUGGAUGGGCUUCUGUCUGUUACGAAGUUUAUUAUAUUAUGUUAUCUAUUUGGAAAUACAAAUUAUACUUUUCAUGGUUCUUUAUUUCGUUAACUGUUCCUUUAACCGGGAUUUCUGUUGCUUGUUCUACAGUUAUUGCGAUUUAUUUCAGAUUAUCAGCUGAAAAUUACGAAUGGCAAUGGCCUUCUUUCAUGGCUCCAGCAGCUACUGGCUUCUUUGUAUUCUUAGAAUGUUUGUACUGUGCUGCAACAAAAAUCACAAAAGAAGGCUUUGUUCAAUCAAUUUUCCUUGUUUCUUCAUCCAUUGUGAUGUCCACAAUUGUUGCAACUGUAUGUGGAUUUGUCGGAUUUGCUUCUUCAGCUCUUUUUGUACGACAUAUUUUCAGAGCUCUCAAACUUGAUUGA